AUGGCCAACAAUGAAGAUAAUAGUUUCAUUGCUCGAAUUGGCAUCAUUCCCAUUGUCCUCGCCCCAGUAAUUAUCUUGAGCAUCAUUGGAAACUCAGUUGCAUUGUGGCUUCUCAUACAAAAGAAGAUAUCAUCACCGACAGAUGUCCUCCAUCUUAACUUAACCAUAAUGAACAUUUUUACCAUGAUAUCUGAAACGGUUAUUUUGCUACAAAUUAUAAAACCACUUAUCGCAACAGAGAUUCUUAGUCGUAUCAACAUUAUUGCGAAUGUAUUCGUCUUAUAUGGGAAUCCAGUCGUUAUGACCUGCAUUGCGAUUGACCAAUACAUCGCUGUAGUCCACCCCAUCAAGUUUCAGACGUGGAGAAGGCGCCAAUAUUAUGUCAUUCUGACGAUUGCAAUUUGGUUCAUUCUGUUCGUGCAGAGUCUGGUGGCCUAUUUCAUUACAACAGGUCCAUUGCACGAAUUACUGUCAUGUGAUGCUCAAAUUGUUCUCUGGGAGGAGAAUAUAGUGGUUUUACUGUGCCACGAAUUGUUCACAUUUUUCAUCCCAAUCCUAAUUCUAUUGUCCUGCUAUGCCAUAACCGCUAAGAAAUUAAUUGCAGUCGGUUCUGGGAAGGAAUCGAUGACAGUUAUGAAGAAGAAGGCACUGAGAACUAUUCUAGCCAUUCUGGCUCUUCUUCUUUGUUGUUUUGCUCCAUUUCAUAUGUUUGAAUUGUCUUUUGGUUUAAAGAGCUUGUUGGGUAACUCGGGAGAAAUGAUAAAGUGGUACCUUUACUAUAUUCGACCAUACACCUGGGCCUUCACGUCUGUUAACACGGUUUUCAAUCCAUUGCUCUACAUUUUCAAAUCCCAAACCUUUCAGUGGAGAACAGACUUCCGUUUUGUGCAACGCAUACUGAAUGGUAAAGUGACAUCCAGGAACGUCCCUUAA